AUGACCACCUCAAUCACACCAAACGACCACUUCCCAUUCAACGGAGCAGCCGGGGAUCUGGUGUCAAACCCAGGUACAAACCCUACAAGUUUAUCUCCCUUCGCCGAAACCGUUAGAAUUCUUAGAAAGAAGAGAAACCGAUCCUUCCACCUUGCGCUUUUGAAACGGAAUACAGAUUACAAUGCAACGAAGAAGGAAUCUAUGCUUGGGCGUUUCCAGAAUCUAGAUUUCCAUCACAAUGCAGUCCAUGCUCAAAGCAAGGAGAUUGCACUCGUUGCGAACUAUGGCUUGACUGACAAGCAACAGCGAGACCUAUAUGAUGGCCUUGGCUACACCGGCCUUCAUCGGUUCCUAGAAGAGCCAGACAACGCGAUUUUUAGCUUAUCCCCAGUUGGAUCCAACGCCGAAAGUCCGAUCAAUCCCUCCGAGCCAGAAGCCGUUGAAGUGGCUCCACAAACCUCCUCCAGGUUUGAGGUGGGGGUCGAAAAUGUCUGCGUGGCCACUCGAAAGCUGAGCAAGGGUGCAAGCUUCGUUGUGGUUGGGAAAAUACUCGAGUUCUAG